GUAUUCUAGCUGCAACUAAGAAUUGAUUGAUUAAAAUAUGUUUAAGGCAAAAAUUCUCGUUCUUGGCCCUUGUGAGAGUGGGAAAUCAGCCCUUUCUAACUUUCUAGCAGAUGCUACAGAAACAGCCAGUGGUGAUUAUCAUCCAACUCAAGGUGUACGAAUUUUAGAGUUUGAAAAUCACAACCCUAUGGCAGGGCAUGGCAGGCAGUCCACUGUGGAAGUGGAGCUCUGGGAUUGCAGUGGAGACAAGAAGUUUGAGACCUGCUGGCCCGCUAUGGCCAAGGACACCACAGGAAUCAUAUUUGUGUACAACCCAGACCAGCCCAACCAUGACAAAGAGCUGGAGAACUGGCAUAAUUUUUUCAUUGAAGAGCAAGGUAUCAAGGAAACGUCAUGCUGUGUGUUUGCUCACCACAAACCUAGUUCUCCUGAAAGGGAAAAGUCGCAACUGUCCCCCUCCGCGCACCCUUCUGCUCAGUGCUUCAGUAACAUCCCGGUGGUUCACACCAACAUAGAGGAGGAGGGAGAGUCAGUGAGGAACGAGUUCAGUCAAUUCUUAGCGAAACUCACAGUCGCCAUGUCAGAUAAACGUGAGCAGGAGGAACUAAGCAUCAUGAACCAUCGCUAAUCUGGCAAUUAUUGAUUGUAAUUGGGUUUCUAUUAUUUAAGGUGUGAACAAUGAAUUUACAGAUUAUGCUCCUUUUACAUGAUAAGUUAUUCCAUGAAGAAAAUGUAAACUUCCUACUAACAAGUCAUUAUGGUUUUCAUAAAUUAAAGUUGUGUAUUUAUUGGGUUAAUUUGUGUACAGGAGUUUGAUAAAGUAAUUAAUUGGUGGCUUAAUUUGUGUAUAGGAAUUUGAUUUAGUAAUUAAUUGUAUUGAAUCUCCCCUGUUAACUAUUUUCAUUUGCUAUUUUUAUUUUUAAGGUAUUGUUUUAGAAUGAUGAACUUCAACUGUAUAAUACAGUAUCCUUACAUACCAUAUGAUAAUAAAUUUGUCAUGGGGCUUAACAUGUGGGGAAUAGGGGUUAUAGUAGUCCAAUAAUUUGAUUAAUUAAUAUUGAAAUUUUAUUUUAAAAAAGCAGGUAGAAACCAUGAAAUCUCAUUCCAGUUAAGCAAUUAAAUUAUGCUUUGUGUUUAAAUGUAAAAUGAAGGAAUGAAUUAAAUUUUCUUUUCAGAGUGUUCUUAAAAAUUGACUUUCUAUAGCAUUGGGUUUCAUUUUCUUUGAACAUUUUUGCAAUAUACAAUUUUUCAAUAAUGGAAAUAUUAGUAACAUUUUUUUAUCGCGAGACAAAUUUA